UGUGUGAAAGUAAAAGAGAGAAAGAGAGAGAGAGAGUGAUGUUGUUGCUAGGGAACAGUGAAAAUGAAAGGUCGACCAUCUUUCCCAGCCUGUAUCACAGCAAAAACAGGGACAUUCGCAAGGUGGUCCUCCCUCAUACAGAGGCAAUAUAGACGAGACUAGAUUAAAAAGCAAUUUUAUUUUCAUAUAGUAUCAUUAAGAAGAGAGAUGCAGACUGCAUAGGGAGGUGGCAGACCGAGCCCCGAAGGUGAGAUUACGCAAUCGUCCCAGCACUGCUGUCUGCUGGGUGGUCUUCGCUGGAGAGGGAUUAUGACAGUAUCCAGGCUGGAACUGCGUCUAUUUUGAACACCCAUGUGAAAAUUCCCUCAGCCCCUGAGGAGAUGAACCAGAUCCUGCAGCGGGGCAUCCAUCCAGGCGGCAGCAGCAGCAGCAGGCAAAGGUGGCAAAGGCAGCCCGGGUUUACGUCUUCCAGCUCAGGAGAAAGGAGCCGCUACAUGUGAGUGCCAACCACCAGCUGCCCGUUCCUGACCAGAGAAAGAGAGAAAGAGAGACAGAGAGGAGGAGGAAAAAGGAAGAGAGGCACAGCGCCGGUGACUGACUUCCCCUUCCUACAGUGGAGUGGAAUGGAUUUAAGUGGGUGCCGGCUGGAAAAAGAGCAAGCCUGGGCCUGAGGGAAGGAGCCGAGAGAAAACAGAAGGGAGGACAGCUUGUGUAAAGACUAAACUCUACUCGUUCUAAUUGCUGUCUGCCUGAAUCUCCAGAGAGGGGGAUGGGCACAACAGAAGCCACUCUGCGCAUGGAAAACCUGGAGGUAAAGGAUGAGUGGCAGGAUGAAGACUUUCCUCGGCCUUUGCCAGAGGAUGGAGACUUAGACGGCCUUACUGACAACAGAACUUCUCCCCCCGGUUCGCUGCACGGAGGCCAUGGAGGCUCAGCAGCGCAAAGGAAGCGUAGAACCCUGGUUGCCCCGGACAUCAACCUCUCCCUGGACCAGAGCGAAGGAUCCCUCCUGUCGGAAGACUUCCUGGACACACCUGAUGACCUGGACAUCAAUGUAGACGACAUCGACACACCGGACGACACCGACUCUCUGGAGUUCAUCACCAAUGGAAACGAGUUAGAAUGGGAAGAUGACGCCCUGGUGGCGUGUGCUAAAGGGGCUCCGGGUGCCGGCUCAGGCCACGGUGGUGAGGAUGGUGACGGGACCGGGCGUCUUUGGAGGACUGUGAUCAUCGGGGAACAGGAGCAACGGAUAGACAUGCAGGUCAUCAGGCCCUAUUUGCGGGUGGUCACUCAUGGAGGUUAUUAUGGAGAAGGCCUGAGCGCUAUCAUCGUGUUUGCGGCGUGCUACCUCCCAGACAGCGGCUGCACAGACUACCAUUACAUCAUGGAGAACCUUUUCCUGUAUGUUAUAAGCAGUCUGGAGCUGCUGGUAGCUGAGGACUACAUGAUCAUCUACCUGAACGGAGCCACGCCUCGCAGGAGAAUGCCUGGCAUCACCUGGUUAAAGAGGUGCUACCAGAUGAUCGAUCGAAGGUUAAGGAAGAAUCUGAAGUGCAUGAUCAUUGCACAUCCAUCCUGGUUCAUUCGAACUGUGCUGGCCAUCUCCCGGCCCUUUAUCAGUGUGAAGUUCCUGGAUAAGAUCAGUUAUGUGCAGAGUCUGGAGGAGCUGGCUCAGAUCGUCCCCAUGGAGCAUGUGCAGAUUCCAGAGUGUGUGCUGCAAUACGACGAGGAGCGUCUGAAGGUCCAGACAGAAAGGCUUGAACAAGACCAGAAACCAACAAGAACAGAAACAUCAGUCCCAGAAAGGCCUGUGUCAGUGGCUGCAGAGGCGUGUCCUUGACUUCAGGAUCUCUGAAAGCACUGACACCAAGAUCUGCGUGGAACAUUCUUCUAUUACAUCCAUCAUCUUCAUCACUGCCUACAAUCCAGCUACUCAUCUUCAUCCCUCUGUCUGAAGAGGAGCUGUUAACGGUCUCCAUAUCUACGUCACCCUCAUUCUGACCUGAACUGUGGGGCACAGCUGUACAAAUGAAGGAUGGAAAAAGACACUCUGUUGUGUAAUAACUGUUUUCUUCCACUUGAAGUGCGACACCUGUAUAAACUCCAGCUGCUUCAAAAAGUGACUUUUUGAAACAAGACUUUUUGGAACGGUCAAGAACUUCUUUUAAGGUCUUUCGAGGCCUAGAAACAGAUGCACAACCAGCCCUCCAGUGGACAAUCCAGCCUUGUUUCUAGCCAGCAUCUCUCAGAGCUCAUGGAGAAUUUUUGUUUUUGCACAAUGUUGCCAAAUAUUGAAGUGUAAUAUAGAAAUUGUGAUUUUAUUUCUGUAAUAGGAGCCUUCCAUCGCUGUCACAAGAGAACCUCAUAUUUGAAAAAUGGUGACUUUACAGGAGAAGUAUUCUUAUAUGUCUUAUAUUUUAAUGUGACAAUAAUUACAUUCAGGAUACUGUGGUCCACUGAUUAGGAAAUGUUCACACCAAUGAAAAAAAUGCAGAAAGCAUGGGCACCAUUGUUCCAUUCUUUUCUGUUCUAUAAAAAAUUAAGCCUAAAUUUCUUUCCCCAGAACAAGUCAGGUGUCUCAGGCUGCCUUCAAUAAGUUUACACUGCUGCCUAAAACACCAGAAGCAUGUCAGGGUGCAGGAAGUAGAGGAUGCAGAGGCAAACACAAAUGCAAGUAUACUUAUGUAUAUUUAUUAACAAUAAACAACAAACCAUAAAACAAGAACUGAAACAAGAAAUAAACCACACUCACCUUAACUGGCACAAACGUGUACAAAAAAAAAAAAAAAAAAAACAGGAAACACAGGAAUAUAAAUGUACACACAAGACAGGAAAGGAAACAAGAAACACCCGGGAAAAGGUAACGAUGGGGCGGAGCUACAGAUUUACAGAAUCACGUGAGGAACAAAGGACUGGGCCAGAGACACUUCCAUUGGAUACCCAUUUUGAGCAAGAAAUGUAUUUUUAAACAUCAAAAAUGCAAUUUAUGUAUUUUAGCACAGAAUUAUUUAUACUUCCACCAAAUGUAUGAUUAACCCUCCUGUUAUGUUGAUUCGUCAGGAACAGCAAUGGUGUUCUUGGGUCAUUUUGAACUGGUGCAUCUUGAAUUAUCCAAAAGCUAUCUGAAACCAAAAAAUCCUAACAAGCAGUGUGAAUAUUUCAUUACUAACUCCAUUACUAAUUAUUCUAUUAAUAUUUAGUGCAAUGGUGUUCCUUACCUCUAACAGGUAAUGGUUCAAUUAGGAUAAUUCACCUGUUUUUCAUUAAAAAAAAAUACAUGUUUAAACUUUUUUUAAUGUUUCACUACUUUAAUGCUUUUAAAAGACCAACAUAUAAAACACAAUAGUUUUACAUAACAUUAAAACAUAACAUUGCAAUUUUGUUUUAGUAUUGGUUGUUGCAGGAGGUGUUUGCAAAUAUGUGAAAUGAACCAUUUUUAUACUAUAUGUUGCUUUUACUAAUUAAGGGAAGCAAAAGAAGUUUCAUACUGAAACAAAUACUGUUAACUAUUUUUCUUAGAUCUUCAAACUUUAGAACGGGUUUUGUCAUUGAAACUGCCUAUAGUUAGUAAUAUCAAUGCACAAAAACGAUUGAUUGAUAUUUUGCUUGUUGUGGCUACUGCACUUGCGCAGAUCUCCACAUCGAAUAGAGGGCCUCUUCCACUCUCGGUACAACUAGCAAACUGAUUGGCUCUUUUUGUUAAAGGGCAGGGCUUCCUCCUUAAACAAGCUGUGAGUUAAGUGUUACAAAUACUUCCAUUCAUAUUUCCAUAUUCCAUAUUUCUCUGGCAGUGCUUUUCUGCAGUCAUUGGUUUACACAGUGUAAAAAGCAGCUGGCAUUCUCGAAUGGUGUGAAUAAAUGACGGUAUGAGGUUCUCAUGUGGCAGCGGCAUAUCACAGAGUCAUCUUUAAUCCCCUAAAAGGAAGAACAGAGAAGAAACCCAUUCUAGCAGUUGUACAGUAACAGGACUGAGUGUAGGGAGCAGCUGAUGGUAGAUAGCCAUGUUUAGUGUUGUGCUGUGUGGGUAAACUUUAGCUAAUUACAGUAAUGUCUAUAGUUACAGAUGUAUAUUCCAUCAGUGGCUCAUUAUUCUGUGUGCACUAGAAAGCCUACAGUACAUACCCAACAUCACUUAAAAUAAAAAAAUGGGCUUUCCUACUGUACUGUAUAGUAGUAGUGAGCGCCAGGGUUCUGGGUGGUGGUCUCGCAUAGCCAGGAGGAUCGUAAGGACUGUAAGAAAUGCUGCAUAAUAUAUCACGACCCUUCUGCACCGGCUCAUUUGGGGAAGUUCCUUCUAAUGCUGACAUUACAUCCAACAAGUUUAUCUGGUAGAAAAUUCAUUAGACGCUCUGGAAAAAAGCUUUAAAUGUGUUGUUUUUGAUGCAUUUACUGACAUAUUGAUUUAUUUUUUGAAGAUAAAAAACUCUACAUGCACUGUUAACCUAAAGGGUUCUUAUCAAUGAUGCCAUAGAAGAACCACUACGUUAGUUUUGUUCUUCUUUUGAAACUUUUUCACAAUUUAAGUUUUAAGUUCUAUACCAGCUCAAAGGUUCUUCCUACAACAUCCUCAUUAUAUGGCUUCUUCAGACUCUCAGCUUAUUAGAAAACAUUCUACAUUUUACACCGGCUACCAGCCUCAUCCAACAUUGCUAUUGAACUGUUAGCACUUCAGCUACCAGCCUCAUUCAACAUCACUACUGAGGUGUUAGCACUUCAGCUAUCAGCCUCAUCCAACAUCACUACUGAGGUGUUAGCACUUCAGCUAUCAGCCUCAUCCAACAUCACUACUGGAGUGUUAGCACUUCAGCUACCAGCCUCAUCCAACAUUGCUAUUUAACUGUUAGCACUUCAGCUACCAGCCUCAUCCAACAUCACUACUGCAGUGUUAGCACUUCAGCUACCAGCCUCAUCCAACAUUGCUAUUUAACUGUUAGCACUUCAGCUACCAGCCUCAUCCAACAUCACUACUGGAGUGUUAGCACUUCAGCUACCAGCCUCAUCCAACAUUGCUAUUUAACUGUUAGCACUUCAGCUACCAGCCUCAUCCAACAUCACUACUAUUUUUGUGAGGUAUCAAAACUUUCAACAGUGGCUAAUAAACAACAGGCACAACUAUAUUAAAUGUCGGUUCAGGUAGAUGUGGGUGAAAAUCGAUAAAACAAUUGCAAUAGUAAACAGCAGGGAAAUUCUGACUCCAUAUUAAACUUCAGUAGUCUGAUUAUACAUUACCACCCCCAUCUGCUCUCUGUUUCCAGCUGUUACCAUCCUGUUACUGAAGCAGUUUUUAAUGUGAAGGGAUUUUUGAAAUAAUGCAGUCUCCUUCUUGUAUAAAGUAAACUGAUCAUACUGUUUGUACAGUGCGCUGUAAGUAAAGCAUUUGUAUCAUGAGAUCAAUUUCACAAAUAAUAUAUAAUGUUAAUUUUGUGAAAAUGGAUGUUGGAGUACAUGUGCAAUAAAGUAUAGUAAAUGUAAAUCUG